AUGGCUCAGAUUGUGGCGAGCACAGCAGCACCAGCAUCAAAUCCAGCAAAGAGGGUGAAGCUGACAGGAAGGGCAUUCUACGAGAGCAUCGGCAGUCCGAAAGUAAUCGUAGCACCUAUGGUAGACCGUUCAGAAUUCGCAUGGCGACUCCUCACACGAUCAUACCUCGACGAGCAACGGUCAAAAGAGCUGUUAGCAUACUCUCCUAUGUUCCACGCGCGCCUGUUCAAAGAACAAGCGAAAUACCGAGAUGCUCACUUCCAGCCUACGAAAGAGUCGCUGGUUUCGAAGGAGAAGAGCGAAGCAACACCAUAUCUAGAUGGUCAUCCAGAAAUAGAUAGACCGUUGUUUGUCCAGUUCUGCGCAAACAAGCCUGAGGAUUUUCUUGACGCGGCACAGUAUGUGGCUCCUUACUGCGAUGCGGUGGAUCUGAACUUGGGUUGUCCGCAAGGAAUUGCAAAGUCGGGACAUUAUGGUGCUUUCCUGCAAGAAGAUUGGGAUACUAUACACAAGCUUAUCCGGACGCUAAGAGACGAGUUGGAAGUGCCAGUCACGGCCAAGUUCAGGAUACAGGAGACGCCAGAGAAGACAUUGGAAUAUGCUAAGAUGAUUCUUGAUGCUGGCGCAAGUAUCAUUGCAGUACAUGGGCGUCAAAGACAUCAGAAAGGACACAAUACCGGACUAGCAGACUGGAGCGUGAUUCGGUACCUGCGCGAAAAUCUGCCACCGGAAACAGUCUUGUUUGCGAAUGGCAAUAUCUUGAAUAACAACGAUAUCGAGCCGUGUCUUACAGCGACAGGAGCUGAUGGUGUGAUGAGCGCAGAAGCCAACUUGAGUGAUCCUACUGUCUUUGCGAAGCCUCCGCCUCAAGAUCAGAGCAGUAGAGAGUACUGGAGAGAUCCGCACAAUGCAGGAACAGGCGGUUACAGGAUAGAUGGAGUGUUCAGGAGAUACAUGGACAUUAUAUACCGCUAUGUCUUGGAACAGGAACCAAUGAUCCGGCAACCGCUAUACUUGCCAACAGAUGCGUUACAGGAUACGACAAAUGGAUGUGCUCCUGUUUCGGAUACCAGGCCCAGUAAUGGCGUAAAGCGGUCAAUCGAAGAGGGAGAGGACGAGGAGGACGAUCAGAAUGAUGUCAAUAACUCGGCUAAGUCGACCAAGACUUCGAAAAAGCAGAAGAAGAAACAUAACAAGAGCGGCAAGGACAUGGCAGCUGUGCACAAUCCAAACCUGAAAUCUAUGCAGGGCCACCUCUUUCAACUUCUGCGUCCUAUGCUAGCUAGCCAUACACAUAUUCGAGAUGCCCUAGCGAGGGCUCGAGCAGGUGACAUUCAAGCCUUCGAGCAUGUUCUGAGCAUGGUCGAGGAUGCUGUGAAGGAAGGUCUGAACGAGGAGUAUGCUCCGUUGCACAAUUUGAACAGCAAGCAUCCCAACGAGCAGAACGAGAGUACUCUGCACCCUACGAACGAUGUCCAUGAUACAGCUCACGGUGUUAAUUGCGAGAGUAGUGAUGCGGCGCGAGAGCGCUGUAAACGUCCGUUCUGGGUCUGCCAGCCUAAUGUUCGCCCUCUGCCCGAAGAAGCAAUCAAGCUUGGUGCCAUGCAGCUGAGCAAGAAAGAGAAAGAAGCACUGGCUCAAAAGGAGAUGGAGGGAAGACCCAUGGCGGUUGCCACCCUUGCCGAGGGAACGAGUCAAUCAGGUGUCUCCAAGAGCUCACUGUCGGCAGAAGAGGAGAACGAUAAGAGCGUGAGCCAGCUGGUGGAGAAAGAGUUGCCGAGAGAAGAAGCAUUAGCGUGUGGUUGA